CAGCAAACAUAUCCAGUUACAAAGAUGACAUACUCCCGUGGAGCGAGACUGCAAACCUCCGAGGAGGGAGAGGACUGAAGGACACUCUUCUUCCAUCUCAGGCUAAAACCACAAGGGUGGUUCAGCAAAAAUAAUGGAUUCUAAAAAUGACAGUCCUCCACCUUAUGAGGAAGCACUGCACCAUCCGAAGUCUGGGACUGGCCCCUACCAGCCACAACAAGGCUCGCCUCUUCCACCACCUCCAUCUUACACCCCGAGUCCCGGCAUGUGCCACGGCCCGCCCAGCUACUGGGGCCAGGGAGGCGUCUGCCCGCAGGCCGGCAUGUGUGCAGGCCCUGGCUUCUCUCCAUCUCGGAUGCCCACCACAGUACCUACUCUGUCUGCCGGACUGCCUGCGUCCAACUUAGAAUACAUGGAGGAUUUUCUCAGCACCCAGUGGGAGAGCACAUCCAUCCGGCAUGCCUUCAUCAGAAAGGUUUACCUGAUUUUAACAGCGCAGCUUGCCGUCACCUUUUCAGUUGUUGCCGUCUUUACGUUUGUUGACCCAGUGAGGCUGUUUGUUAUCAGAUACCCGGGCAUCUACUGGGCAGCUUUAGUGGUUUAUUUCGUGGUCUACUGCGUUCUCGUCUGCUGCAAAGAGCCGAGGAGGCGUUUCCCGUGGAAUGUUGUGCUGUUGGGAAUAUUUACUCUGGCCUUGUCUUACUUGGCUGGAACAGUUUCAAGCUACUACGAAACAAAAGCGGUGCUUCUCGCCAUGGGAAUAACAGCAUUAGUCUGUAUAGCUGUGACCGUCUUCUGCUUCCAAACCAAGGUGGACUUCACCUCCUGCGGGGGACUCCUCUGCAUUGCUGGCGUGUUGCUCAUGAUCAUUGGGAUUGUCACGGCCGUCGUGCUCUCCUUCCAAUACGUCCCUUGGCUGCAUAUGCUCUACGCCGCAAUUGGAGCCGUCGUUUACACUCUGUUUUUAGUGUACAACACCCAGCUUCUCAUUGGUAAUCGAGAGCUGGCCAUCAGCCCAGAGGAGUACAUCUACGGAGCGCUCUCUCUCUACGUCGACAUCGUUCACAUCUUCCUCUUCAUCCUUCAAGUCAGCGGAGCUGCUACCGAAUGAGCCAACGGUCAGAUCUCACCUGCGGAGUCUGAAGAGUGCAUUGCGUUUGUUGACAGACACGAUGCUACGUAUGUACAAAAAGCGUGUAAAUCAUCAAUGUUUCAUCUAUGCUGUAUAUAUUUCUAUUUUUAUGUCAGUAACACUUGAGCACUUUGUUGCACUGUAUGAAGCAGGACGGGAUUUAUUUUAAGGGUCUCGAUUAGUGUGAAUGAAGAGAUGCAUAAGCUUCGCAUUCUGUAUAGCUGCGAUGUAAUAUUUAUUAUUUUGUGCGUGUUCGACAGUCGUCUAAACCGUUACUGCUAUCAAACGCUCUCACAAGUUGAUUCGGUUAAGCCUGAACUGACCCCCACCCAGACCCCGAAGAACGGAGACAAACAAGUUCCAGGUUAAGUUCUUCUUUUAUUAUCAGUGUUUAAUUCUAUUUAUUACUUACAAAACACCUGCAGUUACAGGCAUACGGCUGGACACCACGAUCAUUAGUCCAACGUCUGUGCUGGUAGUAGGAGGGACUGAGAUCUGUGUUAUUAAGGUUUUUUUCUAACCUCUCCAUAGUAA